AGCCGCGCGGUUCUAUCCAUUACGGAACGGAUAAAACUGUUAAGAAAAUAAGAAAAAUCAAACGACUUCGGUGCGUCCAACUAGAAAAUAAAAGAAAAAGAUUAAUAAUUCCAUUAAAGAAAAUGAUCAAAAGUGAAGAAGUGGCAUCCGACCUGAACAGCCGCACAAUGGGCGUUGAUCAGCUGGGCGGGUUUGUGAACGGCGCCCACUAUCACCACCAUCAUCCGCACCUUCACCUGGGCAGCGCACAGCACACACACGCGCAUCCGCACGCACACACCUUCACGCAUCACACGCCCACGCACUUGUAUCGCGCUGGGAACACGCUGCCCGCUGGCAGUUUCCAAUUGAUGGGCGGCGAUUCACCCACAGAGCUGGUGGAUGAGAAGCCCAACAUUAGCUACAUGGAUCGCAAGUUCUAUGCAUCCACGGUGGAUGGCAAUGUCACGCCCACCGCCCAACAGCAGCAACAGCAGCAGCAGCAACAGCAGCAGCAGCAGCAGCAGCAGCAGCAGCAGCAGCAUUACGGGCUGAGUGCGCUGCACAGCAUGGGCACGCCGCCGGCUUCGUCGAGUCCGAUACCAGCAUAUGGCGUGCUAAUGACCGCCCAUUCGGUGGGCUCGGUAUCGCCCAAUUCCAGCUCCAAGACGCCCACCGAUCAGGAGAUGUACGUGAGCUCGUCGGUGGUGAAGCCGCUGCAGCUGCAGCCGAUGAAUCAUCAGUACACCUCCACCAUCAAAUACUGCUCCAACAAUACCAUACUGAGCGCCAACGACUACCACCAGCUGGCCAUGCCCGAGGCGGAGCAGCAGCAGCAGCAGCAGCAGUCGCAGCAGCAGCAGAACUCUCCGGUGUCCGGCAGCUAUUUGCCGCGCAUGUCAUCGUCGCCCACGCAGGUGAUAGCAAAUGCCCAUGGACACGGCCUGCCCGUAAUGAACUACUCGAGUGCCAGCUCCUCGCCAGCCAAGUCGCUCAACGGCUCCGAGACGACGCCAACGAAUGGCACACAUGAGAGCUCCAGCACGGCGCAGUCCAAGGCGACGGGCUCCAGUGCACGGGAUAACAGCACGCCGGAUACGACCAAGAAGUCGGGCACUCGUCGGCCAGAGAAGCCAGCUUUAAGCUACAUCAAUAUGAUCGGACAUGCCAUCAAGGAGUCGCCCACGGGCAAACUGACGCUCAGCGAGAUCUAUGCAUAUCUGCAAAAGAGCUAUGAAUUCUUUCGCGGACCCUAUGUCGGCUGGAAGAACUCGGUGCGUCACAAUCUCAGCCUGAACGAGUGCUUCAAGAAGCUGCCCAAGGGCAUGGGCGUGGGCAAGCCCGGCAAGGGCAACUACUGGACCAUCGAUGAGAAUUCGGCGCAUCUGUUCGAGGAUGAGGGCAGUCUGCGACGUCGUCCGCGCGGCUAUCGCUCCAAGAUCAAGGUCAAGACCUAUGCGGUCAAUCCGAACAGCUUCUACAGCGGCAGCUACGCAGAUGCGGGCAUGGACACGGCCAACUUCUAUGCGACGCCCACCUAUGCCAGCUACGACUACAGCGCUGCGGCCGGAGGAGGUCCUGCGUCGGCUCAGGGCUUCGGCGAUGCCUGGAACGUGCAUGCGGCGCACAGCGGCGCGCCAGCCGUGUCCGUGGGCACCCUGCCCCAGUACUCAAACAUAACCUGCCUGACGUCGGUGGGCAAUAAUCUGAACGGGUCACCCACUCCGCCAUUGGCGCACUCGGCGCUGGGCAUGUCCUCGACGGCGGGCCCCUCCAGUUCGCCGGUGUCGGCGCUUCAAAGUGAUUAUGCGCCAGCCGCCAGUCUCGUGGCCGCGGGCUACUCCUAUGCAACAAGUGGCGGCGGCUUGGAUAACGGUCUGCGCUCCAUGUCGCUGCAGCAGCUGCCCGGCCUGUCCUCAAUCCAGACGGGACAGUCGCAGUCGCACCAUCAUCAUCAUCCGCAUCAUCAUCCGCAUAAUGGUCAUCAUCAUGGAAGCAUGACGCCGCCGCCAUCGCAAUCGGGCAACCAUGGCACAGAUCGCUCGCCCAUCGAUCUGAAACCGGUUUACCUGACGCCCAUGACCCCGCCCCCGACAUCGGUGAACGGCGGCUACUACGAGACAAUCAAAUAUUCGAAUUAGUGCAGCCCGAUCUUAUUGGGCAUUACUCCCCUACAUACAUAUAUAUAUAUAUAUGUAUGA